AUCCAUUCGUACAGAGAUAAGGCACGUGACCUAAAUGGAGAGCAUAAAACUCUGCCGACGUGUGACAGUUGCCGCAAUACGCUUACCAAGUGGCGACCCGUGGACAGGGCUGAUACCGACCGGAAUACCAGACAACCGCCGUUUUAAAGCCGUCUCAGGGAUAUUCCUCGUCUGGGUCCUCGAGUUUCGUCACCACACGUAUCGCAGUCAAUCCAACGUUGCCAUGUCGUCCAGCCGUAAUUCAGUCGGUGGCGGCAAAGCACCCAAGCGUGCGAAACAGCAGACUCGCUCUUCGCGGGCUGGCAUCACGUUCCCCGUGGGUCGCAUCCACCGCCUUCUACGCAAGGGCAACUAUGCCGAGCGCGUGAGUGACGCUGCGCCUGUGUACUUGGCGUCGGUGCUCGAGUACCUCACGGCCGAGGUCCUGGAACUCGCCGGCAAUGCUGCGCGGGACAACAACAAGUCGCGCAUCACCCCACGCCAUCUACAGCUGGCCGUGCGCAACGACGAGGAAUUGAGCAAGCUGCUCGGCGACGUGACCAUCGCCGAAGGGGGCGUGCUGCCACAAAUUCGCCCCGAGCUGCUCCCCAAAGCGUCCAGCGCCAAGUUGAAGAAGCAGGGCGAGCCGGCAGUAGCCAGCCAGGACUACUAGACGCAGCGGCUCGGCGAAAUUUAUCCAGCUUUUAAUGACAUUAUGUUCUUAGUCAACAUCUCCGCAUGUUGCGCGCCGUAAAUGAACAUACUGGACUGCGCAUCAUCGCGAUAUCUUACGCCUUAUCGCAUUGCAGGUGUCCCACAUCUCUGCGCGAUAGCUGCCGCACUAUCGCGCAGUCGUUCGAGCAGUGACGUCUUCAGAUUUCGAAGAGUUUCAUAAAGCGGAACGUGAUCAACAGGCGCCUGUAAUGAAGUCUUAAAGCGGUGCUGGAAUGCUUGUUACUUUAAUACAACCUACAGUCCACAUCGCGUGUGGAUCAACACUGGCGAUUGCCUCACGGCAAGCAUCCAGUCUUCAUUCAGAAUGUUUUUAUCUACGUUCCUCCCUUCUGUGGCAUCGCUGUACGAAUCGUGAGAAUAAAUAUUUUAGCCCAAUUA